AUGGCAGAUAAAAGAAUUACCGUACUUCAAGAUUACAUUAAUGCGAUUCUUACUGAUUCGCCCCAUGAAAAAAUUAGAAAACGUAGAAGACUUCAACCGGGAGAGGAUGCUCCUCCACGUUGGAAUAAUUUUGACCUUAAUCAACAACGACUUGUAACGGAACUCGAUGCAGAGUAUAGAAUAAUUCUUGCUAGUGCUAAAGAUGAUGAUCAAACAAUCGCUCUAUUAUAUAAAGUAGCUGAUAAAGUGCAAGACCAACUUAACGAAGUCUUAAAAUACGAUCCAGCUUUAAUUAAACAUGCCUUCAACGUUUUCAUAAAUAAUCAUCCUGCCGCUAUUAAAUUGGGUCUCAAGACUCCAUCUUUGAAGAGAAUCUCUUCUGUAAUUCUAUUACCUGGUCAAUCUUUACCUUUGGGCGGACUGGAAACAAAAAUGGUUACUUCUGGUGUUGCGGACCCUGAUUUCCCCAACAAAAAUUUCGCGUACACAAAAGAUCGUCAAGGUGAAUUGUUCAUUUGGAUGCAUAAACAAAUGUUAGCAAGAUAUGAUGCUGAAAGAAUCGCUGUCGGUCUUGAUCCUGUUAUUCCACUAGAUUACCAUGAACCGAUUCCUGAAGGAUAUUUACCAAAUAAACAUUUACUAAAUUUUAACGAAAAUAGUACUGCUGCUGAUUUACAAGAUAAAUAUGAUUAUCGAAAACCAUAUUCUUCAAUUAAUUCACCGACUAACAUUGCUAAUGUUGAUAAAUGGCUUCAAAGUAUCAAUAAAUCAAUUGAUGAUGGUGUCUUUUACAAUGAUCCCGACAAACUUGGUCGUACUAUUGACCCUGAUCGUACUAAUCCUGAUAUACUUGAAGAUAAUGAAUGGAAAGCAAAGUAUGGUUCAUUACACGCAAUGGGUCACAUAAUGGUUGGUGGCAUUAAUGGUAACGAGAAAGUGGCGAACGCAUUAAAAGAAAAAAAACUUCGUCCUCCAAUAGGAGUUAUUUUAAAUGUUUCUAUUGCCAGCAAAGAUCCUGCAUUUUUCAGAUGGCAUCGUUUGGUGGAUGAAACAUUUAAUCGUUGUAUUGAAACAACUUUAAAAGCUAGAACUUUCACUGAUGGUCCAGAUGUUGUAAUUAAACCUGAUGGCAUGAUUCUUGCUUUUAAAGAUCAACUUGAAAAAGUUUGUCCAGAGGGUGCACAUGAUGGAUGGCAAAAAUUUGGUCAAACACACUUUGCAAAAAUUCCUGCUACAAAUGAAUUACAAACUAAAAUGGUACCUCGAAAUUUAAGAGGUCCAAAUAAUGAUAUUAUUAAAAUUGAACAUGUUUUCCCUAGAGAAUUUUAUUAUUUCUUUAAGGUGAAAAAUAACACUACAAAAGAUGCAUUUGAUACUGCUGCCGACAAAAUUGUUAAAGAACCUGCGAAAAAAUUUGUUACUCUCAGAGUAUUUAUUGUUCCAGAGGUUUUGGCUGCCGAUCGUAAGCAAUGGAUAGAAAUGGAUAAAUUUAAAUAUGAACUUAAAGCAGGAGAAGAUGCAGUCAUCGCUCGUUCUUGUGAACUCUCUUCUGUUAUACGAAAACCCGCUCAAAAAGUAUUUGACGACACCCCAGGAGAUGACUUUGAUAAUGAUUAUUGUGGUUGUGGCUGGCCAUAUCAUCUUUUACUUCCACGUGGUACUAGGGAUGGAAUGAAAUUUAAAUUAUAUGUAUAUAUCUCUGAUUGGAAUGCUGAUAAAACUUAUGAAAGUACUGCCGAAGGUAGUUUAAGUAUGUGCGGUAGAAAGAUUGUAGAUGGAAGACCAGCUAAAUAUCCUGAUGAUCGUGAUAUGGGUUAUCCAUUUGAUCGUCCCUAUGCCGGUAAAUCCUUGCAAGCGACAUUCGCCAAGGUAGUAGAUCCUACAAUUGCAAAUGCCCGCGCAAUAGAUGAACUAGCUAUAAGCAGCGUCCCAGGAGAUUAUUGGUUAGAUAAUACAGCUAUGCGUGAUUUUACAAUUAGAUGGGUUGAUGAAUUUUGCUAA